AUGGCGUCAACAAAAUCCUCAACAACGGCACUGAUCCUCUGUGGGAAGAUCCCGGGACAUAUCGAGCCGAUGAUCAAUCUACUUCGAUCGGACGGCUAUGAUGUAAUACACAACGUGCGCACCCUGCCGAGCGCACUCUUGGAACUCCCAGCUCUCCUCCGUACAACCGUUGGCUGCGAGACCCAGCCGCCAUCAUCAGGGUUCGGGUCUAAUGCGACGGCCGCCUCGGCGGAGGACCGCACGCCUGGGAGCGAAGUCAAGGCGGUGGUCGUCGGGGGUGGAUAUAGUCCCGAGGAGUUCGAGGAGAUUAAGGGCGCUUGUGAUGGCGUGAAAGAGCUACCAUUCUUCCGCGCAGACGUGACCAAGAAGCGCUCAGAUGGGCAAGAAGCGCAGGGUGGAGCAGCAGGGCCACCGCCAGUGGAGGAAUUGAAGGGGAGGUUGGUGCAGGCUUUGAAGGCAGCGGACACGGCAGCUGGGGAGGGCGGAGGAUGGCAGCCCGGGGUCUACUUGUUCUGA